AUGUCAGUCAGAGACACCGCAUUUUACGACAAAAAAUAUGCCUCCAAUGAGAGUCUCGGACAUCAAGUCAAACCUGCUGAGGUCCGCCUUUUGCCACGAGGAUCCGAUUUUUACACAUGGCGAGUCAUUCCAGGCAACGAGGAAAUAUGUUCCAAGAUAUUUUCAAAGAGUUUGAGUGACCAUUCCGUCAACGCAUUGCGGCUACUUCGUGAGGAGGUCGGGAAAUCGUUUGAAGCGACUAAAGCGUCAGAAAAUCCAAACCUAGACGCUCAGAAGCCGAGCUCUCUCAUCGCCAAACUUCAAGAUGAAAAUGCACACCUUUCUGACCAACUGCGAAUGGUAGCGGGAGAACUUGCUGCAGAACGUGACCACCGAAGGGAUUUGGAAGAAGAAAAUCGAAAUUUACGGAGCACGCAAAGUUUGUUAGAGAAGAAGCUUCAGGACCAAGUAGAUAUUGCAGAGAAUUUUCGGAGGGUUUUAGCCAGAUGUGUUACUGUAUUACCCGUUCUCGAAAACAUGAGGAAACAAAUAGCGGAAUCUCUGGGUGAUGUUUGUCCAAAUUAA